CGUGUAAGUUUGUGAUGGAGAAAAAAAUACAAAGUAAUUAAACUCUAAUCCAUUUUUCUUGUCUACUGAUUAACAGGUGGUUGAGCUGCAAAAUGCCCUUAAUUAUUCCCAUCCCAUCCAUUAAUUCCUCUACAUAUCUCUCAUUAAUCACUUUCCACCAAGUUGUUAUACCUAGGUUACCUACUCCAACAAAUUUAAUCUCACCUCCUUAAUUACAAAAUUAAUCAAUACAUUACCAAUCAUCUUGUUAAUUAGAACGGGAAAAAAACGUAAAAAUGGCAUUGAUGAUUGGAGAUUUGUACAGUUUACAUUACCCGAUUAAUUUGUCGAACACACAACCGCUGGUGAAGGAAUGCCAGAUUCUGAAAUUUGAUUGUAAUGGAAAGAAGAAAUUGAUGGCGAUAAACGCCACCGCAAGCGGAAGGGCAAUUAAUGGGAAGAAGAUUAAUGGUAUUCAUGUUGAAGAGUAUCCACAUUUAGGGCAAAAUGGAAAUGUAGUAAUUGAAUCGGGAUCGUCAUCGUCGGCGGCGGCGGUGAAUCAUUCAUAUAUGUUAGGGAAUUUUGUGGAUGAGCGGUUUGUGUAUAGACAGUCCUUUGUGAUUAGGUCUUAUGAAAUUGGACCUGAUAAGACUGCUACAAUGGAAACUAUCAUGAAUCUCCUUCAGGAGACAGCUUUAAAUCAUGUGGCAAACUCAGGAGUUGGUAGUAAUGGAUUUGGGGCAACACGAGAGAUGAGCCUUAGGAAACUCAUAUGGGUAGUUACUCGCAUACAAAUCCAAGUUGAACAAUAUAGCUCCUGGGGAGAUGUGGUAGAGAUAGAUACAUGGGUAGAUGCAGCAGGUAAAAAUGGAAUGAGAAGGGAUUGGAUCAUUCGCGACUCUAACACUCGCAACAUCAUCACAAAAGCAACAAGCACAUGGGUGAUAAUGAACAGAGAAACAAGAAGGUUAUCCAAAAUCCCAGAGCAGGUCAAAGCAGAAGUUCGACCUUUCUAUAUCAACAAAUUCGCAAUCCCUACUGCACAAAUUGAUUCGGAAAAGAUUGAGAAACUCAAUGAUGAAACCGCCCAAAUUAUCACAUCCGGCUUAGCUCCGCGGUGGAGCGACAUGGAUGCUAAUCAACAUGUCAACAAUGUCAAAUAUAUUGGAUGGAUUUUGGAGAGUGUGCCCAUAAAUGUUUUAGAAGACUGCAACUUAAUGAGCUUGACAUUAGAGUAUCGACGUGAAUGUCAAUUGUCAAAUGUGCUGCAGUCCAUGACAACUCUUAGAGAAAUAGCAACAUCAGCAAGUGAUAAAAAUAGUGGAAUGGAAUGCACACAUCUGAUUCGCAUGGAGGCUGAUCGAGCAGAGGUUGUUCGAGCCAGGUCCAUAUGGCAGCGUAAACGAUGAACAAGUUAAUUGUUAUCUGCUGCUAAUUCUUCACUACAUUCAUAUUCUUUGCAGUGUGUAUUUAUUUUUGUCAACAUAAUGUAUAAUUAGUGAGUAGUUAAGUAAUUAGAGAGUACUGUACAAGUUCUGUUCUUUAGUAUCAGGGGCGAAACACUAUUUUUAGUAUUGAUUUAUGUAAUUUAAAAAAGACGCAUUACUGCA